UAUAGCCAUUUAUGAAUGUCAGAGUUUUGUCUCUUGCAAGCAGCUGUAGUGUUCUUUCUCGUGCCCGUUAUGUCUGACCACAAGCAAUCGGUUCCCCACUCUGAGAAGGAGGACGUGGACAAGGAGUUUGAGGAAUGGAAGAUCAAAUAUGAAAAGUCCUACAGCUCACCUGAGGAGGAGGCCAAGCGGAAGAAGAUGUGGCUGGAAACCAGGACCCGGGUGAUUGAACACAAUAAGAGGGCGGACGCAGGGGAGGAGUCCUACUGGAUGGCGGUGAACCAUUUCGCCGACAGGCAUCCUGAGGAAGUGUGCGGCUGUUUUCGCAAGCAAGCAAAGGGCUGCUGUCACGAUGAGAAAAUGAAGGCUGUGCUGCUCUUCCUCCUGGUGUGCGUGGUGGCGCUCUGCGUGACCUCGCGUCCCGUCUCCAAGAAGAAGAGCGAUGUGGACGGAGAGUUCGAGGAGUGGAAACUGAAAUACGAAAAGUCCUACAGCUCGCCCGAGGAGGAGGCCCGGCGGAAACAGCAGUGGCUGAAAAGCAGGGCGAUGGUGAUUGAGCACAAUAAGAAGGCGGACGCUGGCGAGGAGACCUACUGGAUGGCGGUGAACCAUUUCGCCGACAGGCUCCCACACGAGUUCGGCUCGUGCUUGGGCUGAACGGCUCCGCGAUGCCGACCGUCGAAUCUGGAAACGAGACCCCGUGGAACGCGCAGCCGAGUCGCCCGCCCCUGUGGCCGUAGCUCCCGUUUCCUCCGCUCACAUUUUCACUGCUGUUUCAUGCUCCAGCCGCGCUCUUGUGCUGCUCGCUUCGCUAGAUGAACCGGCUCCUCGUCUUUCACGCACCGCUGGGGCCGGAAGUCUGUCUGUAACUCGCUCCGCUUGCAGCGCCAAAGUCCCUUUUUCACACCAAGUCAUAGUCGGUAAAAGGGUGAUGAUGCAGGGAUUGCUUGAUGUCGAGUUCGACAAAACCAGUGGAGACCACAUGUGGCUUCGGAUUACUUUUUCAAUAAACGUUGAGCUACUUUGAAUCAACAGCUAAUGCAUAAA